ACUUAAUAUCUUAUUAGUACAUCAUCUCAAAGGACCUCACGAAGCAAACCGUUUCUCUCUUCUUUGGAAAAAGAAAGACAGAGAAUAAUAAGAAAGAGAGAGAGGAGUUUGCUUUUUUACAUACAUCGAUAUAAAAAUGCCAACGUCAAUACAGUUUCAGAGAUAUUCAUAUUCCACCGCCGUAGAAGCAGCCAACGCCACCGUCAGCACCUAUCAUCACCACCACCACCACCACCACAAACAGCUACAGAAAGUGAGCCUCACGCGUGGGAUGGCUGAUGUGCCGGAUCACGUGGAGCUUUCCCACACGCACGUGGUAGGUCUCUCCCAGUGCUUCUCCGUCGUGGUGCAGGACGUGGAUGCUCCGUCUUCCGCCGUGUGGUCGAUACUUAGCCGCUUCGAACACCCUCAAGCGUACAAACACUUCGUUAGAAGCUGCCACGUGGCUGUCGGAGACGGUCGAGAGGUUGGUUCCGUGAGGGAGGUCCGAGUCGUCUCUGGUCUUCCCGCAACGUUUAGCUUAGAGAGACUUGAGAUCAUGGACGAGGAUCGCCACGUUAUGAGUUUUAGCGUCGUGGGUGGGGAUCACAGGCUUCAGAACUACAGAUCGGUGACGACGGUGCACGAGUCGACGGACGAUAGCAAGAAGACACGUGUCAUUGAGUCAUACGUCGUUGACGUACCUGCGGGUAACGAUAAAGAAGAGACUUGUAGCUUCGCCGAUACCAUCGUACGUUGCAACUUGCAAUCGCUGGCAAAACUCGCCGAGAACCCACAUAAAUUCUCGUAAUUACAUUCUUAAUAUAAUUAUUUAUCAAUUAUCUUUUCUUUAAAAAAAAUCCAAAUUAAAUAAAAUGAAGAUGGCUUUGUUUUUUCGAAGUUAGGGUUUUAAGGUUUGUUAAAUGUUCGUUUCGAGGAUACUUUAGUUUACCUUUAAGAUCAUAUCUUCUUGAACUCUUUUGUAUAUAUAAAUCUCUCGUAGCUUUAAAAUAAACAAAACAUUGUUUGUUU